UAUAUAUUAUAUAAAUCGCAAAACAAGUCGUUGACAUUUUAAAAUGCAAAUAGUCGCAAAUUCAGAAUCAAUUCACUUUGAUCUUUGCCCUUGAGGCAGUCAAGAAAUUAAUCUGACUAGCCGCUAUUCUUUAGCCCACUUGCGGACCAUGACUUACUUCGGUUCCUCUAGGCUGGUCUAUAUAGAAAAGCAGCUGCUACCCAGACAAGCUCAAACAGGAAAUGAUUCGAAUCAAGUUGAGUAGAUCGUAGCAGUCUUUAAAAAUUGCAAAUAUAAUCAUUGAUUAUAUGUUAUAGCUGAAAGAAUGUGCACAAAACUCUCCAUAUCCAUUAAAAAUGGGAAAUUUGAUUGACUUAUUUUAAUUAAUUGUUAAUAAAUAAGUGACGAAUAAUCGCGUCAUAUUCAAUAUCCGGAAUUAUGUACUGUGGAGGCCAGACGAUUAAACACGCACACACACACGCACUGGUGUUGCCACAUGACAAAAAUGCUGGGACAGUCUGGCUACAUUUCGCGCCAUAUGGUCAGCUACAACGCGGUUCAUUGUUUACAAAGUUAAUUAUCCUUGUAGAAAUCAGAAUAUGAGUAGCGAAUCAACUGAGCCUGUUGAAAAUGCUGCUGACAAUGAAAAGCGUCCACAGUUUGGCACACGCUUGCUCACGGAUGACGCCGACGUUUACAAGCACAACGCAUGGGACCACGUGGAAUGGGAUACAGAGCAGGAGGAAGCUGCGCAAGCAGCUGUAGCAAAGAAUUCCACUAUUAAGAUGAGCAGUGAUCAGCGCGAACGCUUUCAAUCGGAGGCGCCCAAGUUCUGGGACUCGUUUUACGGCAUACACGAUAAUCGUUUCUUCAAAGAUCGCCAUUGGCUGUUCACGGAAUUUCCCGAACUGGCGCCAAUGUCGAACAACGAGCAGUCGGAGCCACGCAGCAUCUUUGAAUUGGGCUGUGGAGUUGGCAAUACCAUUUUGCCCAUACUCCAGUACAGCACGGAAUCCCAGUUGAAAGUCUAUGGCUGUGAUUUCUCGGCCCGUGCAAUCGAAAUCCUGCGUAGUCAACCGCAAUUCGCUGAUAAACGAUGCGAAGUCUUUGUGAUGGAUGCCACUUUGGAGAAGUGGAACGUCCCAUUCGACGAAAACUCACAGGACAUUAUUGUCAUGAUCUUUGUGCUCUCUGCAAUUGAGCCUUCGAAAAUGCAAGGUGUGCUAGAGAAUUGCUAUCGCUACCUUAAACCUGGUGGCUUACUGAUAUUUCGGGACUACGGACGCUAUGAUCUUGCGCAAUUGCGUUUUAAGAGCGGUAAAUGCCUGGAGGAUAAUUUCUAUGUGCGUGGCGACGGCACCAUGGUCUAUUUCUUCACAGAACAAGAGUUGCGCAGCAUGCUAGCCAAGACUGGGCUAGUGGAGGAACAGCUUAUAGUGGACAGACGAUUACAGGUCAACCGGGGACGUUGUCUCAAGAUGUAUCGUGUUUGGAUACAGACAAAAUUCCGGAAGCCUCUCUUAAGCCCGUAGAAAUCAAUGCUACU